UCAUUUGUUUGGUAGUGAGGUUAUAACUAUUAGCAAUGAAAGACUUCACAGAUCAGAGCAAAAGGAAAACCUUCUCACUUUAGUGAUCUGUAAAGUUGGAGGAAUAAAGGUUUGGUCAAGUCAGACAUAAUGGAUUCUGAUGCUAGCCAUGUGCUUGAAGCAGCCUUAGAACAGAUGGAUGAUAUCAUUGCAGGUACUAAGGCAGCCACAGAGUAUGCAAAUGGCAUAUAUGGCAUCGUGUCACCUGCUCCAUCAGUUUAUUUGGGCACAUUCCAAAUUUUGCAUCUGCUAGAAGACCUGAAGAUGGCACUAGAAAUGCUAGAGGAUCCACAAGAGAAAGAAGCGUUACGGAAUCAGAUACCAGGGAAUACAGCAACAUGUAUUCGGGAGUGGCUGGAGAAAAACUUGUCUCAGGUGAAUCAUCUUUCUGCUGCUAACAAUGAAACCUAUCAAGAACGACUGUCACGAUUAGAAGGUGAUAAAGAGUCUCUCAUACUGCAGGUGAGUGUCCUCACCGAUCAGGUGGAGGCACAAGGAGAGAAAAUUCGGGACCUAGAAGUGUGUCUUGAGGGGCAUCAGCUGAAACUUAAUGCUACUGAAGAAAUGCUUCAGCAGGAGCUGCUAAGUCGAACGUCUCUAGAGACUCAGAAACUAGAUCUAAUAGCAGAAGUUUCAGACCUGAAGAUUAAGUUGGUUGGCAUGGAAAAGGAACAGAGUGAAUGUGAAGAGAAACAGAACAAAGCUGAGGGUUUGCUUCAGGAACUCAAACAUCUCAAAAUUAAAGUGGAAGAACUGGAAAAUGAAAGAACCCAAUAUGAAUGGAAAUUAAAAGCAACCAAAGCUGAAAUAGCUCAGCUUCAGGAGCAGUUAGCUCUCAAAGAUACAGAAAUUGAACGUCUACAGAGUCAGCUCUGCAGGACCUCGGCACACAAUGAAAUUGCAGAAAGAGAGGAACUAUAUAGGAGAAGGCUAAAAGAAAAACAUCUAGAAGUUCAGCGAUUGAAGAUAGGAAUGGAAUCAUUGCUAGUUGCAAAUGGAGAAAAGGACCGUCGAAUAGAGGAGUUAACGACAUUGCUAAGCCAGUACAGAAGGGUGAAGGAGAUAAUGAUAGCUGCUCACGGCUCUUCAGAGAGAAUUUUGUCUGGCAGCAGUGAAGAGGAACCUGAGGCAAAUUUGAAGAAGUGGAAUCCCGUGAAUAAGCCUCAAGCAGACUUACUUAAACCAGAGGUACCUCUGGGAGAAUUGUCACCAACUAUGGACUCUCUACUCCCACAAAAGACUCUGGAUAUCAGUGGAAGCAUUCCAGUUCUUGCAACUAACCUUAUUUCCCAACAUGAGGAAACCUUGGAAGCCAGAAGUAGGGUUCCAGAGAAAAAAAUGUCAAGUAGCCUAGAGGACUUGCAGAGUGAAUCCCUGGAAAAGUAUGUAGACGGGAAACCAGUAGAGCCUGUUGUAGAACAAGAGAAUAAACCAUAUGCAAAGAGUAGCAAAUAUCAGACCUUACCAGGGAAACUUCUUCGACCCACACACAAUGGAGAUCAUGGAACAUACAAUACUCCUACUUCCCUAAUGAAUGACAAUGAAGACAACAGUGCACUGAGCCUGAAUCGCAUCAGAAGUAUUAGUGCACCGAUAUUAGGAGAGACAGAGAAUAUGGAUGGUACAAUAAUUUUAGAGGAACUUUCACCCCUUUCUUCUGGAAGAGAAUCAGGUCCACAGUCUCCAUUGUCUCCAGAAAAUAAAAGGAGUCCAAAAGGCAUCAGGAAAAUAUGGGGAAAAAUAAGAAGAACUCAGUCAGGUAACUUCCACACAGACGAUCUAGGUUUAGCUGAAUUUCGAAGAGGUGGUCUCCGUGCAACAGCUGGACCUCGAUUAUCUAGAUCAAAGGAAACAAAGGGGCAGAAGAGUGACAACAAUGCUCCCUUUGCUCAGUGGAGCACUGAAAGGGUUUGUAACUGGCUUGAGGACUUCGGUCUUGGUCAGUAUGUCAUUUUUGCACGGCAGUGGGUGACUUCUGGCCACAUGUUAUUAACAGCAACACCUCAGGACAUGGAAAAGGAACUAGGAAUAAAACAUCCUCUGCACAGGAAGAAAUUAGUUUUGGCUGUUAAAUCAAUAAAUACAAAACAGGAUGAUAAGUCUGCACAACUAGAUCAUAUCUGGGUGACACGAUGGCUUGAUGAUAUCGGCUUGCCACAGUACAAAGAUCAGUUUCACGAAUCCAGAGUUGAUGGGAGAAUGUUGCAGUACUUAACUGUGAAUGACCUUCUUUUUCUCAAAGUCACCAGCCAGCUGCAUCAUCUCAGUAUUAAAUGUGCCAUUCAUGUGCUGCAUGUCAACCAGUUCAAUCCCCACUGCCUACGUAGGAGGCCAGCUGAUGAGAAUAAUAUUUCACCUUCUGAAGUGGUGCAGUGGUCCAAUCACAGAGUGAUGGAAUGGCUCAGAUCAGUAGAUCUGGCAGAAUAUGCACCAAACCUUCGAGGAAGUGGAGUUCAUGGUGGUCUCAUUAUUCUUGAACCUCGCUUCAAUGGUGACACAUUGGCAAUGCUGCUUAACAUUCCACCUCAAAAGACCCUCUUGAGACGCCACCUGACCACUAACUUCAAUGUGUUAAUUGGGCCAGAAGCACAACAAGAAAAAAGAGAAAUAAUGGAAUCUACAGCUUACACACCUCUGACUACCGCUGCUAAAGUUCGGCCAAAGAAACUUGGAUUUUCACAUUUUGGAAACCUAAGAAAAAAGAAAUUUGAUGAAUCUACAGAUUAUAUUUGUCCUAUGGAUAUAAAUCCAGAUGCGUCUAAUGGUACUCAGAAGAGCUACAGCGGAUACAAAGGACUUAAUCCACUCUCUGAUAGGGAAUUGGACAAACUGGAUCAGACUCACCUGUAAAAGCUGCAUGGAAAGUCUGGAUAAAUCUGUAGUUACUAUCUGAUUUGAUCUAGUGACUGACUGAUUUUACAGAUGGAACAUUCAGAAGGAACAGUAAUGCAAAUAGGGGUGCUCUCUCAAGGCAUAAACAACCUCACGGUAUGUACCAAUUUACAUUUGCUGCAAAGUCACAACCUUAUCCUGCUAAAAUGCAGUGAAAGUUGAUCAUUAUUCACCAUCCUCUAGAGUAAGUGCUGUGGCAUCCAUGUUUUUGACUCCUUAUUUACAACCUGCUUACGUUUCCAUAAUUAAAACAUCUUUAUUUUAAAUAAGUUGUCAGUCCUUUAUUUACCAUAUCUGGCCUAAGUUGAACUUAAGCGUUAACAUAGUCUCCACUGAUUCUGCUCUGCAGUGGGGUGACUUCCACCCACAGUAAAUUAGUAUAAACAUCUGAUAAAAACAAAUUAAAAACUGAAAAUAAGUAACUCCAACAUUUUGCAAGCAACUUUUGCUCUUGCUGUCUUAGAGUUCACUUUACUGAAGCAAUGUGAAUUGAUUGCACCCAAUACAUAAGCUGACAUAAUGUGUAAAAUUAAUGCAUGGUCAGGUAAUGUGAAAACAUUUUUUUCCACUCUGUUACCCAACUGAGAGACUAUGAUGAUCAUCUCUUGUUACAUAUGAACACGUGACCUGUAAUUCCUUAAAUAUUUAUAUUAUUGUCAAAUAAGCUCCAUCACGUUGGUUAAUUCCUGCAAUCAUAAAUCAGUGUUUUGCUCUUGCUAUGCACCUCCAACUGAAUAUAUUUCUGACUGAUCUGCAUACUGCUUACUUUCAGGAUAUGCUAAGUCAAGAUGAAAUGCUAAAUGACAACCGAUUUUUAACCCCCACCUUGGAAGACUGGAGAUGAUGAACCUGACCAAGAUCACUGCUGUACCUCACAUGUAUCCAGAGAACUGUCCAAUGAAAGCUGGAUACUAGAUGCAAAAAUAGCUUUUCUGCCAAUGAGAAAUGUAAAAUAUUUGUUGUUCCUGCAGCAACACCUUUCAGGUAAAAAGCCCACUGUGUUCUAUAUUAGGCAUUUUUACAUAAGAAAAGCUAUGCACAAUUAUUUCUCACCAACCAGAGAGAGUAAAAUUAGAAAAUGAUUAAAACUGGUAAAGGAUUUCUUUACAGAUGUAUGACCUCUUUUAUAGAAUGGGUUUAUGCACUGUGGCAUGCUAAAUUAUCUGUUUUAUAGUUUUGUACUUUUGUAAUUAAUGUAAGUAGAAUAUGCCUCUGUCACAAAAUAAGAGUCCUCUUGUUAUUAAAUGAUAGUGAUGAGGAUGAUACUUUGCUAUCUUGGGAUCUGACAGACACCGGUGCAGUUAGUUGUUUACUGAACAUUACUGAAAAAGCUGCAAUCAGAUUUAGAGUCAGGAUUGGCUUUAGGAUUUUGAAAUUCCCUAAACAGGAAGAAGGGACUUCCAUCCCUCAUUCUCUCUUCCCCAGCUUCUGCACCUCUCUCCUUGUCUCUGCUUUCUCGACACUGGCCAGGAUGAAGAGAAAUGACAGAUCACCUUUCACUCCUCAUGAAGCUGGUGUGUUCUUAGAUUGGCCAGCAGAGAGAACACUGAUUAUUACUCUGCUCUGCCUAAGUCAUCACUAGAAAAGCAAUGAGAAUUUUGCUCACACACCAGGAACUCCCACAAUCCCGGCUUAAGUUUGAGACUAUGAAAAGGAAAUUGGGGGGCCUAAAAAUUGAUUUUUUUUUAGAAAAUAACUCUCCUCUCACAUGACUUCAUACACGGGAGUGUGUUUGUGGUCAAGGAACAGGCAAAAAAUGCAUCUAACUUAAAAUUCAUAUUUACAAUACCAGAAUGGUGUAUACCACCCUCUCUACAGAUGCCUGAGGGUGAGUGCAAUAGAAGUUUUAGCCAAGUACGUGGUCUGUCUUAUGACAAAGGAAAAUUCCUUGUACACUUGGAACAUUUCAGUAAACUCCGCUGUAUAUAGCCUUCUCUUAUAAAUACCAAACUGCCCCCUACCCAUACACGCAUACAAAUGUGCCCAUGUAGCCUUCAGAGCCAUGGUGUCCAACCAUUUCUGAAGCAGUAGUCACUGUAGUGACCAUUGCUAUAGCGAACUAGCUUCUCUCAACUAGCCACAUUGUUCAAGCCAACUAGUCACACUCAACCAGACAAAUAGCCACAUGUGGCCAGUGGCUAACGUCGCUGAAUUUUGGGUCAAAAUGAUUAGAGAAGGUGCAAAAAUGCAGCUUAACGUAUAGUGUGAAACUCAGCACAGAUGGUUGGAAAGCCAGGAGGAAGUGAUAGUCCCGCUAUAAGAGUCUGCUGAUUGCAAUUCCAGGUGCAGCUAUAAGCAAUGUAAAUGUGUGUGGACUCUGCAUAAUGGUAUGCCACAUAAUGGCAUAGUUACAAACCAGCCAUAAUGUUUUCAAGAGAAAUUUGUUUGAUGUUUUUGUAGACAGCAUAUGCUUUUCCUUUAACCAUUCUCUUUUCAUUCCAGUCUCCUAUGUAUGCUUACGUAUCACAACACCCUAAUAUAACAGUAGCAAACUACUGCUGUAGCCAUUGAGACGUGCAAAGGGUCACAAGUCAGGAAAUGUUAGUGCUGCAGGCCUGCUGCCACACUGGUGUUUAAUAUAGCUUAAUGUAGAUUAGCCAAAUCAGCUGUGCAGCUGCAAUACCACAAAUUUUAGUAGUAUAAUGGCUAGCACAGCAGAGAGAGAGACAUUUGAGCUACAUGUCUCAAGCUGUAUUGUAAUGAAUCCAGAAGUAUACUGCUUCAAAGGAAAUAAAAGCAAUUAAAGGAUGAAAUAUAACAAGAGACUCUCCCUUGCCUAUACAUCUAAGGAAGGGUAACCUCUGAACGCUAGAUUUCCAACAGGAUAUAACUGUAGUGAUGCAGUUCAUUUCUGGAGACCAGAUUAUCAGCCAGAGAUGGAACUCACACAAACACAGGAUUGGAAGGAAACAGGCUAAGUGAUCUAGUUCAAUCCCCUGCACUGGGGCAGGGCUAAGUAUUAACUCAGUCAUCGCAGACAAGUGUUUGUCUAACCUGUUCUUAAAAUCCUCCCUAGGUAAUUUUCCCCUUGUGCUUAUAUAAUCUUCCUAAUGUCUGACCUAAAUCUCCCUUGUUGUAAUUUAAGCCCAUUACUUCUUGCCCUAUCCUCCGUGGUUAAGGAGAACAAUUUAGCAGCCUCUUAUGUCUUUCAAGAUGCAUGUUCCUCCGCAGUCUUCUCCCAGGUUUUUCAGUCUUUUCUCAUAGUUCAUGUUUUCUAGACUUUUAAUCACUUUUUUUUUCUCUUCUCUGGAUUUUCUAUAAUUUGUCCAUAUUUUUCCUGGAGUGUGGUAUCCAGAACUGGACACAAUACCCUAGUUGAGGCUUAUCUGGGCUGCUAGAGAAGAAGGGACUAUUUCUGUUUUACUUUUGGCACUCCAGGUAAUACACGCCCAAAUGAUGAUCACUUUGCAACAGUAUUACACUGUUAUUAUCCCAUAUUUAAUUUGUGAUCCAUUAUAAGGCCACCCCAGAUCUUUUUCUGUAGUACUCCCUCCUAGACAGCCAUUUCCUAUUUUGGGUAUCUACAACUGGUUAGUCCUUCCUAGGAGCAGGACAUUGCACUUGGUUCUUACUAAUUUCAGACCAUUUCCUUAGUUUAGCAUCAAGAUAAUUUUGAAUCUAAUCCUGUCCUCCAAACCACAGCCCCUCCCAGCUUGAUAUCAUGUCCUCCAGCCAGACAUUACACCUACCAGUGCAGUGCAGACAUACCAGAGAGGUUGGGGCAGUCCUGCACAUAAAAACUAGUUGCAAGACAGCAUUACAGGGACAGUGGCCUUGCAGGCAUAAUAACCCUUCCACCCUAAAUUUUCUCUUCACCUGUCAGCCAAGUACACUGACAGGGGCUGUAUGGGCUUCAGAAAAUCCCCAGGAGUGGGGCUACACUGGUCAUGUAUGCACAUUCACUACCAUAGUUCUAGCGGGAUAUUUUGUUCUCUGGACAAUUCAAAAAACAAUCCUGACUGGGCUAUGAAACAGAUACUUGAUUUUUGAAUAUAGUAAUUACUCACUUACACGUGCCCACUUAACACGUUUUCGCGAUAGCACAAUUUUUGGGGGGGAAUGAUUUUUGAACAACAUGACUGUCCCCGAAAUAACACGGUUUCCCCAGUUGGCCGGUCGCCAGUGGCUGCCCGGGGCUUCCCCUGCCUCCCUUCAAAGUGGUGGAGGGUUCGCUGCUUGCCAUGCCAUUCCCCAAAGACCCCCUCUUGCCGGAUGCUUUGCUCCCUCUCCUCCAGCAGAGCUUGCAGACCGGCAGCUGGGUUUCCUCGUUCCCCACCGCUUGAAACACAACCCCCACCUUUUCCAUUUUUUUUCAAUGGGAAAAUUGACCCCGCAUAACACGUUUUACCUUAACACGAUCAUUUUCUGAAACAUAUCAACCGUGUUAAAUGAGGAAUUACUGUAUAUAUAUAAUUAAGCAUUGUAUGAGGGUGGGCUAUUGGUUAGAUCUCAUACCUUUUCAUUGCAAUGAGGUUUAAUGCUUAUUUCAAAAUAACUUAAAGUACAGCUGUUUUCAUUGAAGUGUUACUCAGAAUCAAUAAGAGGUAGUAGCCCUUAUUCCUAGGACUAACUGGAGAACAAGGAACUUCUCACUGUGGGUACAUCUACAUAGCAGUGGUAUUUCAGAAUAAUUAAUAUUAUUCUGAAAUAACAUCUGCGUCUAUAC